UGUUUUUUUAAAAAUAUCAUUAUUUGGUUUCAAGAGGGAAUGUAUCUCCAUCCACGUUGGACAGGCCGGAGUCCAGAUCGGAAACGCCUGCUGGGAGUUGUACUGCCUGGAGCACGGAAUCCAGCCCGAUGGUCAGAUGCCCAGUGACAAGACCAUUGAAGCUGGUGAUGACUACACCUUCUUCAGCGAGACUGGCGCUGGCAAGCACGUGCCAAGAGCCGUCUUCGUUGACUUGGAGCCAACUGUUGUCGAUGAGGUCCGCACCGGAACCUACCGUCAACUGUUCCACCCCGAGCAGCUGAUCACCGGCAAGGAAGAUGCCGCCAACAACUACGCCCGUGGUCACUACACCAUUGGCAAGGAAAUUGUCGACCUCGUUCUGGACAGGAUCAGGAAGCUCGCUGACCAGUGUACCGGUCUCCAGGGAUUCCUCAUCUUCCGCAGCUUCGGUGGUGGCACCGGAUCCGGAUUCACCUCCCUGCUCAAGGAGCGUUUGAGCGUGGACUACGGAAAGAAAUCCACGCUGGAGUUUUCCGUCUACCCAGCCCCCCAGAUCUCCACCGCUGUUGUUGAGCCCUACAACUCCAUUCUGACCACCCACACCGCCUUAAGCUUAAAAGAUUACUGCGAAUGCGCUUUCAUAGUUGACAACGAGGCUAUUUACGAUAUCUGCCGCCGUAACUUGGACAUCGAGAGACCCACCUACACCAACUUGAACCGUCUGAUUGCCCAAAUCGUUUCCUCAACCACUGCCUCCCUCCGAUUCAACGGUGACCUCAACGUCGAUCUGAAUGAGUUCCAGACCAACUUGGUGCCGUACCCACGUCUCCGCUUCCUUCUGACCUCAUACGCCCCCGUCAUCUCUACCGAGAAGGCCUACCACGAGCAGCUCUCCGUUGCCGAGAUCACCAACGCUAGCUUCGAGCCAGCCAACCAGAUGGUAAAAUGUGACCCACGUCACGGCAAGUACAUGGCCUGCUGCAUGUUGUACAGAGGAGACGUUGUCCCCAAGGACGUCAACGCCGCCAUCGCCACCAUCAAGACCAAGAGGACCAUCCAGUUCGUCGACUGGUGUCCCAACGGAUUCAAGGUCGGAAUCAAUGACAAGCCACCCAUUGUUGUGCCAGGUGGUGACCUCGGCAAGGUCCAGCGUGCCGUGUGCAUGUUAAGCAACACCACCGCCAUCGCUGAGGCCUGGGCCCGUCUUGACCACAAGUUCGACUUGAUGUACGCCAAGCGUGCUUUCGUCCACUGGUACGUCGGAGAGGGUAUGGAAGAGGGAGAGUUUUCCGAGGCCCGUGAAGAUCUGGCUGUCCUUGAGAAGGAGUACGAAAAUGUCGAAGGCGACUCCUCCGUCGGUGAGGGAGAGGAAGAAGGCGAGGAAUAUUAAACAGCAAUUAAAUUACCCCCUCCUGGAAAUUUCAAAUGUUUCAAAAUAUUGUAAUAUUUUCCGGAAAAAAAAAACUUUGACCCCCCCCUCCCUUCAUCCCUAAACAAAUUUUUCUUUCUUUUUAAAUCGUCAAACUAAUACUUUUUAUGAAAUAUAAACAAAGGCGGCGAAAUUUUUUGUCUUAAAAUUUGAAGAAAAAAAAUAAAAGAAGAAAGUAUUUAAUUAUAGUGCGCAGACACAUGUUUUGUUUUGAAUAUAUUUGGUUGAAUAAACCAAAACGAUUUGGAAACAAGUUCUCGCACCUUGCGAGUUCCUCUAUUUACAGGCACAUUGCGUACUCUUAUUGAAAAUAUGUUGAAUUUAUGUAUACCAACAAGUCACGACAGUUGGGGAAAAGAUUCUUCGACAUACUAGUACGAGGGUUGUUCGAUAUAUAAACUCUUUGCACGAUUUCAUGGACGAUGAUAGUCUUGUAUAGUUAUAUUCAAUACCUAUCAAACUGCAUAAAGUUUUAAACUUUAGUCAUUUCAAUAGAGUUGGUCUUUGAUUACUGUUGUAAAUAUGGUUGGGACACGGGUUGAGAAUUUUAAGACAUUAAAGCUUAAUAGUAUAAUAUGUUUUACGGUGCUACCGUUGGGGCGAGCGCUGCAAGAAUUACACAUACCUUGCAUCAUUGUCCACAUGUAAUAUUUUGGCAAUAAUCCACUAACAUCUUUUUACACAGAGAGAGAGAGAGAGAGAGAGAGAGAGAGAGAGAGAGAGAGAGAGAGAAAGAGAGAGAGAGAGAGAGAAAUUGAUAAGUUACAUGUAGUAAAAUGUAAUUCGUGUUAAGUUUGAUCAAAUGUGAAAACAAUAAAAAUUAUUUUUCUUG